AAAUGGACAGUUGAAAACCAACCACGCUUGUAGGCUAGCCUGCAUAAUACGUCGUAUCCGUAAUUGUAACGACAAUACGCGUUCAUAUAAUACAUACCGCGUAAAAUACACAAAUGUGUUUUCCUAGAUCUGAAGGUUGCAUCUUAUGCGCCAUGAACCUGUGACCCUAAAGUUAUUAAAGCAAGAGAAGUUGUGCUCGUACCGACGGUCGUCUAAAGGAAAAUGUCCUUAUAAAAUGGAGCGCUAAUUUUUUUUUGUACAUAUACGCUCACUGCAUUCUCAAAAUAUACUCGUCUGGCAUUCGGAUUUAAAUAUUCUUUAUUAAAAAUGAUCGCCUAUACUUUGUUUGUGGUAGUUGUGUUGUGGAUUAUCCUGUACAGAUAUCGAAGGAGAAGAAUGUAUGAGUUGGCUUCGGUCAUUCCCCCGCCAAGGGGCGAGUUGCCCGUUAUAGGAAUAGCGAGUUACUUGGCGGGUAGUUCAGAAGAUAUAAUGUUGACAUUACAAAGAUUCAGCUACUCGGCUAUGGAAAACGACGGGAUCAUCAGAGGCUGGUUGAAUCACAUACUUUACCUUUUAAUAUGCAACCCUGUUGAUUCAGAAAUGAUACUGAAAAACUGUUUGGAAAAGGAUGACUUACAUAGGUUUUUACGAAAGGUCAUCGGUUAUGGCGGUAUUUUUGCACCAGUUUCAAUAUGGAGACGGCGCAGAAAGAUCAUGAUUCCAGCAUUUAGUCCAAAAAUAGUAGAAAACUUCUUUGAAGUAUUUUCAGAAAAUAGCGUAAAUUUACUAGAAAAAUUAGAAAAUAAAUCUGGGACAGGGUAUUUUAGUAUUUACCCAUAUUUGACUGCCUACACUUUGGACUCAGUUUGUGAAACAGCGAUGGGUGUUAAAGUUAAUGCUCAGAAUGAUUCGAAUUCCCCAUUUGUGACGUCACUAAAUCAAGUUUUGGACAUUGUAUGUAAAAGGAUCUUUCAUUUAUGGCUACAACCUGAUUGGUUGUUUAAACUAUUUCCGCAUUAUUCAAAACAUGAGGCGGGAAUCAAAAUCUUACACGAUUUUACAGAUGAUGUGAUACAAAAGAAACGAGCCGAGUUGAAGAAAGAAAAAGAUAUUCAGCCGGAAGUCGAUGUCCAUUACAAUUUAAAGGAUUACCGAAAGAAGAAUUUACUUGAUCUAUUGAUAUCUCUCUCUGCAUGUGAAAAAGGAUACACAGAUGUUGAACUGCGUGAGGAAAUUCUGACUCUUUCUAUUGCUGGUACGGAUACCAUCGCCGUUAAUAUAGGAUACACUCUAAAGUUGCUGGCUAAGUAUCCGGAAAUACAAGAAAAGGUAUACGACGAGUUACGAAAAGUUCUGGACGCCAAACGUCCAAUUAUUAAAGAUGAUAUACAAAAAUUAAAAUAUUUAGAGAGAGUCGUUAAAGAAUCUUUAAGGCUCUUUCCUCCCGUACCUUUUGUCAUUCGGAAAGUGGAGACAGACAUUACGUUACCAUCUGGGCGCAUGUUGCCCAGCGGUUCAGGUGUAGUGGUGUCUAUUUGGGGAUGUCACCGUGAUCCAAAGUACUGGGGUCCGGAUGCUGAACACUUCGAUCCGGACAGGUUCCUUCCAGAGCGUCUGAAUUUGAAACAUGCCUGUUCUUUUAUGCCGUUCAGUAAUGGGCCAAGAAACUGUGUCGGAUACCAAUACGCUCUCAUGUCAAUUAAGACGGCACUGGCGACAAUACUUCUUAAUUACAAAGUCACCGGAGAACCGGAAAAGGGCCCGAUACCUCACAUUAAAGUAAAACUGAACGUUAUAAUGAAGGCUGUUGACGACUACCAAGUGUGUUUGGAAAAACGAAAAUUAUAAA